CUCAAUAUGAUUGCAUUUCUUUUUUUAGAAUGUCAUUUCAAAUUUAAGUUUUUUUGUGUUCCUUUUAAAUUCUUAAAUAUUCAGAAAGUAUCUUGAUCUCGUAAGAAUCUGUCCAACAAAUUAGGUUUAAUCUUUAUAUUUUGUUUUCAGUUUGAAUUAUUAAUGUAACAACUAUUGUGCAGAUUUAUGAUUGAUUGGAACUUCAAUCUUUAUAUUUGAAAAAGAAUUUAAACAAUUGCCUGUAAUCAGAGUGAUACCCUGAAAUUUAUUAUACAGACCCUGAAAGAAUUGUAUUAAUGUGAUAAUUUUCAGAACCAUAUCAUGCAAUAAAGUAUUUGAAUAGCUUGACAUUCUGUCAGCGUGGAAUGUGAGAAUCAGUGAAAAAGCAAACACAAGAUUAUAAAACAAUAUUGACAUCCAAGAAUAAUGACAAAUGUAAAGAAUAUAAGUCAAUUAAAUAUUACAAGCAUAGAUGAUAGGAUUCCGUCUUCAAGUAUGAAUGUUUCACAAGUUCAAUGGCAAGGAUGGACCACAAUAGGUUUGGUUGCAUUGAUGUUGAUUUCUUUGGUGGCCGAGUUGGCACCUCCGUAUAUGAUAAUGAUGGGAAUAUUAAUUAUAUUCAUUCCACUUGAAAUUUUAACCAUAGAAGAAGCUUUUCAUGGAUUUGCUGAUGAAGCUAUGCUUGCAGUGGCAAUUUUAUUCAUUGUUGCCAAAGGUAUUGAACAAUCUGGAGGUUUGGAAUAUGUUUCAUCAAUGUUAUUUAGUACAAAAAAAGAUAUCAUAAAACCAGGCCAACAUAUAACAAAGACAAAAAAUAGUAUUGUAUGGGUGCUUGUAAAAUUCACUGUCCCAGUGGCUUUGUUCAGUGCAUUUCUUGCCAAUAUUCCAUUGGUAGCAAUGAUGAUACCACCCAUUGUGGAAUACUCAAAAAAGGUUAAUAUGGCUCCGUCAAAACUCUUAUUGCCACUAAGUUUUGCGGCAUUGUUAGGCGGUACUAUGACUCUUAUAGGAUCAAGCACCAACCUCGUAGUAUUAUCAAUGGCCGCGAGAAAAGUUCCCGACCUAAAAGUAAACAUCUUUGAGAUUGGUGUGGUGGGUGUUCCUGUAACUGUUGCUGGCUUGCUUUACAUCUUUGCCCUUUCAGAAAAAUUACUUCCAAGCAGAUUAUCCACACUAAUCACUACCUUUACUGCAAGAGAAUACAGCAUCGUGCUUGUUAUAAAGGCAACUUCAUCAUUGUGUAAAAAGACUAUUGAACAAGCAGGUCUAAAUAGGCAACCAGGGCUGACUUUGUUGCAAAUCCGGCGAGAUGAUGAAUCAUAUCAAAAUCCAUCUGGAAACUUUCAAAUGCGUGCUAAAGAUCAUCUGCAAUUCAUUGGUGUUCUUGACUCCAUCUUGUCUUUGACCCAACUUGAUGGUUUAGCACUUUCUGAAGAUGAGGGUCAUGAACAAGUUGAUUUGAAUAGAUUAAAUGUAAGGCAAUGUCUUGUGGAGGCCGUGAUAGCAGCAGGAUCUCCAAUGGUCUGCAAACGUGUUGCUGAGCUCCAAUUUCGGACUCAUUACAAGGCUGCCAUUGUUGCCAUUCAUCGCCAUGCACAGUUAAUUAAUUGUCCUAUUGGAAAAUUAGAGCUUGCUGCUGGAGAUUGUUUAUUGAUGGUAGCAGAUGGUCCAGAAUUUGUUGAAAAACACAGAAAUAAUUCUACGUUUGCUCUUGUUUCCAAGCUCCCAGGAUUUGUUCCAAUACAGCGCCAAAAAGCUGGGAUAGCAACAGUUAUUGUUGCAGCAAUGGUUGUUGGAAGUGCUCUUGGAGUGGAGCUUAUAACAGCUGCCUUAUUUGCUUGCGCUGGUCUAUUAAUUUGUAGAUGUUUAACACCACAAGAUGCAAUGGAUGCAUUGGAAAUGCCAGUGCUUAUCAUGAUAUCAGCUGCUUUUGGGAUUUCAGAAGCAAUGGUGCAAAGUGGGGCAGCUGAUCUUGUGGCCAAAGUCCUCAUGGGGCUUGCAGGAAAAACUGUUUUUGGGCUCAUUACAUGCACAUACAUUGCAACAACUGUUUUCUCAUUGGCAAUUACAAACAAUGCUGCGGUAACCAUAAUGUUCCCAGUGGCAUUAGCUGCAGCCCAGCAACAAAACCUUGAUUUCAAGCCCUUUGCAUUCACACUUAUGAUGGCAUCAUCAGCCGGGUUCAUGACACCCACAGGAUGCUCAACAAAUAUCAUGGUGUAUUCCAUUGGUGGAUACAAAUUUGUUGAUUAUUUGAAAUAUGGUGGAUUACUACAAAUUUGGCUAUUAAUUGUAACAGUUGGUGUGACUGUGACUAUUGACCAUUGGUGGGCAUGGUGGUUGGUUCUCAUUCCAAUUACUGUAGGAUUGACUCCACUCUUGGCAGGCUUAGAUUGUAAUAUGCCUAAAGCAAAACCUUUGGCAUCAAGUGAUAAUUUAAACAAUCAACCUGCAUUGGCUUUGCUUGAAAUUCAAAACACUAUGCAUGCAUCAGAGAAAGCUGAAAGUAGCAACACUUAUGAUAGACAAAACAUGGCUAAUGUUGAUGUUUCAGUAGACAAAAACAAAUUGCAAGUUCAGUCAAACCUCAAGAAUGUUGAUCUUUUGAAACCUCAAUAUCAAAGAAAUUCUCAAACCAAUGAUCCUCACUUUGCACAACUCUCCACAACAAAUGAUCUGUUUCCAUUGCCUGUAAACAAUUCACAAGUGCAGAAACAAAAAGACCUCAUGUCAAUGCUCUCAACAGAUUUGUUUCGACCUCCACCAGAUUAUGCCUCAUUAGCAUGGAAUUCACCUCCAUUUGAAGCUUUAGAAAAUACCCAAAUUCACAACUUAGAGCUCACAACAAUACCUUUGGAAGAAGAUAAUGAAUUGAACUUUGCAGCUUCAAAUUUCCAAACUAAUGUUGAUUUAAACAAAAAUGGUAUUUUUGAUGAAUCUUUGUUGGAUAUUCAAACUAGAAAUGGUUCUAAGAUGCCUUUUUCAAUGAAUUUGACAUCUAAUGAAAGCUCGCAAAUGGAAAAUGUUUAUGAUGGUAUUGGUGUUCAUCCCAGCCCAUGUCAACAUGGAAUUGGAGAUAUGAAAGGAUCAAUAAUUUUGUUAGAUAGUGAUUUAGUUGACGGUAUUGCAUAUGAAGGAAAGCAACAUCAAUCUUAUGAUCAAAUCAAUAUAAGUAAAAGAUCAUCACAACAUUAUCAAAAGAAUUAUGGUCAUUUUCAAUAAAAGAGAAUAUAAAAAAUGAGAUCUUCAGCCAAUUUAAGCUAAACAUAUGUUAUCGUCUUCAUCCUGAUACAAAACAUCGUGAUACAUCUUUGAUAUAAAUAUUUUGAUCGAAUUUUCUAAAACAUUGAAAAAUGGUGUUAAAAUUUUCUUUAAGAAGAUGUUUUGCACAACUAGAAUUGGAUACUGAUUUAUUAAGUGAGGCUCUUUGAAACAAGCUAUUUUUUGUACCAUAUGUAGGUAUAUGAUUUAAUUCUAAGCGAAAUGUUGUUCUUUUUCUUUCAUUCUUUUUUGGAAUUUAGUAUAUGUUAACAAAUGUUUUAUCAUUUACAGUUAGAUAUGAGCCAAUCACCAUAAA